GGGGGUGGAGGACGGAUGGAUGGAGGACAGAGGGUGGAUGGAGGACGGAGAGAUGGAGGACAGACGGACGGAUGGAGGCCGGAGGACGGACGGAGGGUGGACGGAGGACGGACGGACAGCUGGGGGACGGACAGACAGACGGACAGCGGGGCUCGGGUUGUUACCCCGCAGAGGCAAGAGCUGGAAGCGGAGAACAAGAAACUGAGGAGCGAAGUGAGGGAGCUGAGGGAGGCGGUGGCGGAGCGGGCGUGCGAGGAAGCGUCGUGCGACGUCGCACGGGGACGGUGUCACGUCCUCGUGGAACAGCUGAGGGCGGUCACCGAGGAGCUGGACGUGCGCAAGGAGGAGGUGCUGCUGCUCAGGGCGCAGCUGGUGAAGGGAGCGAGGAGGAAAAUGGCCGGCGGAGAGGAGAAUCCAAUUUUGGGGAGCCCGGCCAGCUGGCCCAACAGCGACAAGGACGUGGACGCCGCCGACGUGAUGGAGGCGUACCAGGGGAUCUGCGAGACGAACCGGCUUCUGGAAGCCCAGCUCCAGGAACAGCGACGCCAGCACCGGGAGGAGCUGGCCGCCGUGCAGCAGCGGCUGGAAGCCACGCAGCAGGAGCUGGAGGAGCAGCACAGGGCGUUCGUGCACUCGGCACCGGAGGCUCGCGUGGAGCUGGGCUUGCAGCUGGAAAUCUCCAGGCUGACCCACGAGAACCUGGAUCUCAAAGAGGUGCUGGAGAAGGUGGAAAAGAACGAGAGGAAGCUGAGGAAGCAGCUCAAGAUCCACGUGAGGAAGGCGCAGGAGCUGGAAGCCUCUUCCGUGCACGACAAGGCUUUCCACGGCAUGCUGGCCUACGACCCGGAAGACGAGGCGCUCCUCAUCCGCAACCUCAUCACCGAGCUGGAACCGCAGGCCUUGGGCAAGGCCGUGCCCUGCCUGCCCGCCUACGUGCUCUUCAUGUGCAUCCGGCGCCUGGAUCACGAGGGCGACGAGCGGCGCUUGCACGCCCUGCUCACCACGGCCAUCCACGCCAUCAAGAGGGUGCUCAAG